AUGACGGAAGCCAGGGACUUAACGCGUCGCGCCGGUCUGCUCCGGCUCGCAGGGGCCGAGUCUCGACGUGUUGGUGGCGGCAGAGUCCAUGGUGGUCGACACGGCGAUGUGGUGGUGAAGCACUCGGCCAAAUCGCCGUGUGAAAACACGCCUACCUCGCGCCACUGCUGGGGGAACUUCUCCACCGACACCAACUACUACGAUGUCACGCCCGACACGGGAGUCACCAAGGAGUUCUGGCUGUCGGUCGUCGAGGGACCCUGCGCCCCGGACGGAUACCAGCGGACCUGCAUGACCUUCAACGGCACCAUCCCCGGGCCUACCAUCAUCGCCGAUUGGGGCGACGAGGUUAUCAUCCACGUGACCAACAACAUGGCCAAUAACGGGACCAGCAUCCACUGGCACGGCCUGCGCAUGCUCAACAACGCGCUCAACGACGGCGUGCCGGGCGUGACGCAGUGCGGCAUCGCGCCCAACGAGAACAUGACGUACCGGUUCCGCGUGACGCAGUACGGCUCGACGUGGUACCACAGCCACUUCAGCCUGCAGUACGCCGAGGGCCUGUUCGGGGGCAUGAUCCUGCGGGGCCCGACGACGGACGACUACGACGAGGACUUGGGCCUUCUGUUCCUGCAGGACUGGCCGCACGUCGAGGCCUUCGCCGGCUGGCACCAGGCCAAGUUCGGGCGGCCGCCACCCGUGGACAACGGCUUGAUCAACGGCACUAACACGUUUGACUGCCGCGGGUUGGCGCCGACGGACCCCAAGUGCGUAGGCAGCGGCAAGAAGUUUGAGAUGGUUUUCGAGGCCGGCAAGAAGUACCUCAUUCGGCUGGUCAACGUGGCCAUCGACGGGGUCUUCCAGUUCAGCAUCGACGGGCACACGCUCAAGGUGGUGGCGCACGACCUUGUCCCCGUGGUGCCUUACACGACCGAUAGCGUCGAGAUCACCAUCGGGCAGCGGUACGACGUAAUUGUCGAGGCGAACGCGCCGCGGGGCAACUACUGGGUGCGGCCCGGCUGGCUCCUGGGCUGCGGCGCCAUCAACAAGAACACGGACGACAUCACAGGCAUCGUGCGGUACGACCCCAGCAGCACGGCGGACCCAGAGUCGACGAGCACCGUGACGCCAGAAAAAGUCGUUCCGACCUGUCUCGGCGAGCCUGUGGGCAAGACGGUGCCGUACCUGGCGCUCGACGUGACAAACAUCGGCGGCGGCGUCAUCAACGAGAUCCUGGACACCACGUUCGACAGCUACUUCAAGUGGACCAUCAACACCAGCAGCCUACUGCUCGAUUGGGCGGACCCGACCAUGGGCCAGAUCUUUGAGGGGAAGAGUUUGUUCCCGACCGAUUACAACGUGGUGGGUGUUAACGCAUCAUCUGGCACCGAUCCCGAAUGGGCUGUCCUCGUAAUCCAGGACAUGAGCAGUUUGCGGCUGGCGCACCCGAUCCACAUGCACGGGCACGACUUCUGGGUGCUGGCGGAGCAGGAGGGCAUCUUUGACGGCAACACGACCGUCUUCAACACGGUCAACCCUUCGCGGCGCGACGUGGCGACGCUGCCGGGCAACGGCUACCUCGCCAUCGCGUUCCAGUUCGACAACCCUGGCGCCUGGCUAGUGCACUGCCACAUCGCCUGGCACGCCAGCCAGGGCCUGUCGCUCGAGUUUGUCGAGAGCCAGGCCCAGAUCGAGGUUGAUUCCGUCAGCCGGGCAGUAUUUGACGAGACGUGCGCGUCGUGGAAGAACUUCAAACCCGUCUGGGAGCAGGACGACUCGGGAAUCUGAUGUGAGAUAUCGUGUUGUUCAUUUCCUUGCUUGGCAUGCUUGCUUGGCAUUGGAUGGUGGUGUCAGUACAGCUCUUUGGAUACAGGUGUUGAUCUUGUAUCGGGACGGGAAGACGAAGGUCAUGUGGUGCGAGGAUGGCCGAUGGCUUGUGCGGUAUAACCUGUGGUUGAAACAGGAACGGAAAUCAGUGGGUUGUUCUAUAGCCUGUAAUUAAAUGCAAUGAGUGCUUUCCAGUU